AAAAAAAUCAUUAGAAUGAGACUGUUCAAUGAGCUGGUGAGAUGGUUCAGCGCGAGUUGCAGUAGUUACGCUCGUUUGACAUCUAAUGAAAGUGCAAUGUCUCGAUCGCCAGAAUAGCCCUCAAAAUUGCUUUCUCAUCAAGCUCCGGCAGCUCACCAUUUUAGUCAAUUGCCCCCUUGUAAUAAGCUCACUGUUACCGUCUAACCAACACGACCAUGAUCAGCAGCAGGAAGCACAGACCCAGAUUCCCGACUUUGCUGCGGUAUUAUCCUCAUAUGUUGAAAGACAAAAAAUGCUCCUGGAAGAUCCUGUCGGCCAAUCUGACAUGCCCAAUGAAGCCACUUGUGUCUUCAGUAUACCCGACCUGAGUCUUGUCGAUGUACAUGCUAUCGAUUGUGUGCUUUUAACAGGCACCAAGCAUGUGCUCGGCUUGCCGUUCCUGACCGAAUAUCUUGGCUAUAAGGGAAGGAUAUUGGCUACAGAAUCGUCCAUUGAAUUUGCUAGUCAGCUAAUGGAGGAAUUAGUAUUAUAUCAUGGGCAAACAACGUCUUCUGCAUCUCGUGAUACACCCUCCACAUCUAUGGCCAAGACGGGACUAUCAGCCUCGGAUGACGGAUGGAGAUCUAUCUACACGUUGAGGGAUGCAAGGUCAUGCAUUAAUAAAAUCCAAGCAGUUCGAUUUCGUGAAAAUAUCACGUUGUUUUCAACAAUGCGAAUCAUCCCAUAUAGCGCUGGUCAUUCAUUAGGUAGUGCCAAUUGGUCCCUGGAAGCUGGAUAUGAGAAGGUGGCCAUUCUUUCCUCCACAUCCCUCAGCACUGAUAUACACCCAGCACCAUGCGACUUGGGGGUGCUGACUGGUGCGAAGGUCAUCAUAUUCAGUGAUCUCGUGAACAAUGGAAAUUACGACGGAAUGAAGCAGGAUGAAAUAGAGCCACUCUCGGCUUCUAAAAACAGGCUAUUUUCAUAUGUUGGUCGUGCCAUAAGGAGCCGCCACAAUGUGAUUUUUCCUCUUUGCACUUCAGGCAUCGUCUAUGAUUUGAUCCCUGAAAUUCGACAAUAUUUAGCGACCAUGGGCAUAGAGGUUGGUGGCGAGGAUCAAUCGCAACUGACAAUGUAUAUGGCAAGCCCGGUGGCCGACAAGUCAUUACAAUAUUCAAAUAUUUGCGGUGAAUGGAUGACCGAUCAGCAUCAGGAUAUGAUGUAUGUUCCUGAAGAGCCUUUAAUUCAUGGUGAACUAUUGGCCAAAGGCGGACUACAAGUGAUCAAAUCGAUGGACGGUUCUAUGAUUGGUAAACAAAAGAUAAAAGAGCCAUGUAUCGUCUUCACAGGAGAUUAUCGCAAUUUGAGCAAAGGGCCAGUCAAAUGGUUCAUUAAUCGAUGGAAAUCGUCCUCUCUGAACGUGUGCAUUUUCAUCGAACCCGAUACACCGCCUCUAAAUGAUCUAGCUCAAAGUAUCACAAGCAACAGCGAAAUGACACUACUACGAAUACCAAUUGAUCAUCGCUUGACACUAAGCCAAGUCCAUGAACUAUUGGAGCGACAUUGUGCGCACGCAGCAGCUACUGUCCAUGUUCUCUUCCCGAAGUUUCAAGGUCCCGACAAGUGGACGACCUAUGGCAACAUGAAAUGGAAAACAUAUGAGAGUGGAGAAGUCAUUACUAUUGACCUGCAGCAUCAAUGGGAGCGCAUAGCCGUAACCGAAAAGGUAAUAGCAUGAUGGGUAAUUUAUCCCAACUGAAAAUAGUUUUCUCACACGUGGAUUGAAAUAUCGUAGUUAGCAAAAUCG